GGGAAAAUGGAGACAAUUUCCGCCUGGCUGCUGGUGCUGAUCAUAUGGAAUGUUCUGAAUGAGACUGCAGGUCAGAUACUACCACAAGGUUUUACAUAUGCCUCUUAUGAAGUAAUCAUCCCAAGGAAACUGACUCCUAGAUAUGGACAACGGGAAUCUCAGCAUGUCACCUACCUGAUACAAAUUGAAGGGAAGAGCCAGACAGUGCAUCUCACACAGAAGAGAAGUUUUCUCCCUAAACACUUCCCUGUCUUCACCUAUAGUAAGGAAGGGGAACUCCAGGUAGAUUAUCCAUUCAUUAGGGAUGACUGCUUCUACCAUGGCUUUGUCCAAGGAAUGCCUUCCUCUUCGGUCACCAUCAGCACUUGCUCAGAGGGACUCAGGGGUUUGUUUCAAUUAGAAAACCGGAGUUAUGAAAUUGAACCUGUCCAGGCAUCUGCUUCUUUUCAGCAUGUGGUAUAUCGCUUGGAAGAAGAGAUAGGUGCAGUCCCUGUGAGUUGUGGGCUAACGGAGGAAGAACAAAGUCGUCAGGUGGCUAUGAUGCAGGGAACAGAGGUUUUAGUGGACAAAAGUGCUCCUGGAGAAAACUGGUGGACACACACUAGGUAUCUGAAGCUUGCUGUUGUGAUUGAACAUGAGCGAUAUGUGAAAUUUGGUAGAAAUGAAACUCUUACUGUUCUUCAAGUUUUGAAUAUUAUCCAUACUUCAAAUUCAUUGUUUAAGCCUCUUUCUGUUAAGUUGACUAUAAUUGGUCUGGAGAUCUGGUCACAGAAGAACUUAAUAAAUGUUACUAGCAUAGGAAGUACCCUUGAGAAAUUCAGAAUUUGGAGAAGAAACUCACUGAACAAUCGUCUUGAAAAUGAUGUUGCUAACUUAUUUGCAUAUAAGAAGUUUGGAAUUGCAGCUGGAUUAGCAUAUGUAGGAACUGUUUGUUCUAAAGACUGGUCAAGUACUGUUGAGGAAUUUGUUACAAGUAGUUUGUUGGAGUUUUCUGUGAUAUUCACCCAUGAACUGGGACAUAUCAUUGGAAUGAUUCAUGAUGGUAAAUUCUGUAAAUGUGAUCGAAAAAAAUGUAUAAUGUCUCCAACUUUGGCAAGCACUGAUAAAUUUAGCAAUUGCAGUUAUUCUGAUUAUUUUAGAAAAAGGAAUGCUCGUUGCUUAUUUUUCCCACCGGACCCUAAUAAAAUAUAUAAAUUCAAAUAUUGUGGCAACAAAGUGGUUGAAAGUGGUGAGCAAUGUGAUUGUGGCUCAAAAGCUGAAUGUGAUUUGGAUCCAUGUUGCCAAUCCGAUUGUACAUUACGUUCAGGUGUCACUUGUGCCUUUGGACAAUGCUGUGCCAAGUGCCAGUAUCUUCCAGCACGGUCCAUUUGCAGAGGAAAGGCUGGCGACUGUGAUCUGCCUGAAUAUUGCAACGGGACUUCACAGUGGUGUCCUGACGAUGUUUACAUACAAGAUGGUACCCCAUGCAGCAAUGGUGCAUAUUGUUAUCAUGGGAAUUGCACUGUUCAUAAUGGGCAGUGCAAAAUGAUCUUUGGUGACAAAGCAACUGUUGCUUCAGAUAAUUGUUUCAGAUUAAUGAAUGUUCAAGGUGAUCGUUUUGGCAACUGUGGCCUUAAACAUGGAAUUUACACAAAAUGUAAUCCUACGGAUAUUCUGUGUGGUCGAAUUCAAUGUGAAAAUAUUGUUAAUUUACCUUCUUUUGAGGAGCACAGCACCAUAAUUCAUUACCAGGCUGGCAACACUGAAUGCUGGAGUUUAGACUACCACAGUGGAAUGGAGAUAGCUGAUGUUGGCGCAAUAAGAGAUGGGACUCCUUGUGGCAAUGGCAUGAUGUGUAUUGGUGGGCAAUGCAAGAAUGUGUCCCUUUUGAACUAUGAUUGUGAUGUCACAAAGUGCCAUAAUCGGGGAAGAUGCAACUCCCAGAAACAUUGCCACUGUGAUUAUGGCUGGGCACCUCCAGACUGCCUAAGCAAAGGCUACGGUGGCAGCAUCGACAGUGGACCUGCUGCAGAAGAGCAGAGUGCUGCUAUUACAGGAAUUAUUAUAGGAACUGCAUGUGCCCUUUUUAUUGCCUUCAUUGGGCUUGCUCUGGGAAUAUUUUACAAGACUGUGCUGAAGCAAAAGCUUAGAAGAGUGAGUUCAAGAAUCCAGCCAACAGAAACAACAUAG